GCCGGUUUAGCGUGUCUUCAGGACGUCAUCAAUCGUUUCUCGACUGUCCCUGAACCGGAAUUCCCCGGGCACGUUAUUCUCGAACAAUUCCAAGCUCAGGUGGGUGCUGCGUUGAGACCGGCGUUUGCGGCCGAAACGCCCAGUGAUGUGACGGCUGCAGCAUGCCAGGUUUGUAGUACGUGGAUAGGGAGUGGUGUGGCGAGGGAUUUGAACGAUCUGAGACGAGUUCAUCAGGUGAGUGUUGUGGAAUUUUUGUAG